AUGAAACAAAAAAAAGAAAAUAGAUUAAACCUUCUUCCAAUUAUCGAAUGUGUCAUGCUUUGUGGAAGGCAAGAACUUGCUUUACGUGGACAUAAAGAUGCUGGUCCAAUUUGUUUUAAAACUGAAUUUGAACCUUAUAUUAAUGAAGGUAAUUUCCGUGCCAUUUUGAAGUAUAAGGCUAAAGAUCUGAAUCAUUUAAAACAUUUUUUGGAAUCUGAUGGCCGAUACAAGUACACAAGUGCAAAAAUCCAAAAUGAAAUUAUUUCAUCUGCUGGAGAUAUUUUAUUAGAGAAAAUUGUCAAAGAGGUCAAUUCUGCCAAAUGCUUUUCAGUUUUAGCAGAUGAAACGACUGACAUUUCAGUCAAAGAACAAUUAGCGUUGUGUGUUAGAUAUGUUGUUGGUUCUGAUGAAAAUGUAUUUGUUUGUGAACGCUUUUUAAAAUAUAUCGAAAUUCAUAGUCUGACAGGAAAAGACAUUGCAUCAACUAUUGUGAAUGGGCUCAAUUCAUGUGGAAUAGACUGCAGUAACAUGUAUGGACAAGGUUAUGACGGUGCUUCUAAUAUGUCGGGGCGUUUUAAAGGUACUCAAAAAAUUGUGAGGGAAACAUGUCCUAAGGCCCUAUAUGUUCAUUGCGCAGCACACUCGUUGAAUUUGGCUGUAUCUACAAGUUGUGAUAUUCAAGCAAUACGAAAUUAA